AUUUAUCUUCUUCAAAUGAUAAUUUUUCACCACCUUCGAUGGAAGAUUUCGAUAAUUCCAAUGGCAAAAAAAAGUGUGAUGAGAUUUUAUCAAACGCGACAAACAAUAAUAAGACCACUAGCUCGAGUAUCUACCCACCUGCGAAAAAUAAUAACUCUUCACUACCUGAUUUCGAUAAUUCCAAUGACAAAAAGUGUGAUGAGAUUUUAUCAAACGCGACGAACAAUAGUAAGACCACCAAUUCAAGUAUCUACCCACCUUCUGCGAAAUAUCUUUCUAUCUCAUCGACGCCAUUACAGGAUCCACCAAAGUUGGAGCACAAGUUACUACAAUCACUAGCUUGGGGUGAAAAAAUUCCAAAGAAAAAAGAGUCGGGUGACCUUUCUCAUGGCACCAGCUCUACUUACAUAUCUAUGCCACCUUUACCGCCGUCCGAUCGUAGACCAAAUACGUUGAUAGAACGCGUGAUGCAAAGGCAACAAAUGUUGGCCAGGCAAACACCACUAAGACCUAUUAUAGAAAAAAAUCCAUAUAAAGGAGCAAAUUCUCGUCCAGGCUCCUAUUUCCCUGGUGGUCCACCAUCGUCCCGUGGUACUGAUAGUGACUUUGCCGAAUUCUCACCACCGGUCACGAUUCAAUUUUCAGUUGCACCGUCAAAGUUACUGAAAACUCCGGCGAAAGAAGCUGCAAAGAUUAUCGUUGAUGAUCUUAUAAGCAUUUUAAGUCCAGUUCCACCAACUCCAGUUAGCGUAGAUGAGGAUGGAUACU